AUGGCUACCAACAUUGUAACCAAUGCAAAGCACAAUUUUGAACUUGAUUGCAAGAAAAUUCAUGAUUCUUUAGGGGGUUUGAGGCAACUGAUUCCAUCUCUGGCUUGCCUAACACAGCUUGAAAGACAACAGCUAAGGGAGACCUACAAGGAAGUGUAUGGAGAAGACUUGAUAAGUCAACUUCAAAGAUAUGAAGAUGAGUUUUCUUCCAUGAAAUGCUCUGUUUUAUACUUGUGGAUGCUUGACCCACAUGAUAGGGAUGCUGUUGUGGCUAGAGAAGCUCUUCAACAAGAUGAGACAAAUUUCAAGGCUCUUGUGGAAAUUUUUGCUUGUAGAAAAUCAAGUCAUGUUCUUCUCAUCAUACAGGCCUACCAGAAAAGGUUCAGAAGGCUGUUGGACCAAGAUAUUAUCAAUUUGGACCCUCCACAUCCAUUUCAAAAGAUUCUUGUGGCAUUGGCUGCAUCACAUAAAGCUCACCAAACUGAUGUUAGUCAGCAUAUAUCUAAGUGUGAUGCAAGGAGGCUCUAUGAAACUGGGGAGGGAAGCUUAGGAGCUGUGUAUGAAGCUGUUGUACUAGAAAUUUUAAGCAAGAGAAGCAUCCCCCAACUGAAGCUAACAUCUUUAAGUUAUAAAAGCAUUUAUGGGCAUGACUACACAAAGUCUAUCAAGAAGGGAAACUAUGGACAAUUUGGUAAAGCUUUAUUGGUGGUUGUGAAAUGCAUUUGUAAUCCAGCAUAUUAUUAUGCAAAGUCACUGUAUACAAGCAUCAAAGGGGAAACAAGGGACAGAGGAACUUUGGCACGAGCAUUGGUAAGCAGGGCUGAGGUAGACAUGGAUGAGAUUAGAAGGGUUUUCAAGGAGAAGUAUGAGAAGGAACUUGUUGACGUUAUACAUGAAGGAAUUCCAUCUGGGGAUUGCAAAGACUUUCUAGUUGCUUUGGCUACAAGAUCUACUUCUCCUUCUUAA